ACUGCCUGAUGAAGGAUCCGAUGUUUCUUUACUGAAUCCGACACAAUAUUUUGUAUUUGCGUCGUUAAGACAGUUUCUCAGUUUUGUUAUAAUUAAAGAUAAAAUGCAAUCAGAUAAUGGCAAGUUAUUCAUUGGGGGGAUAUCAUGGGACACGAAUGAAGAGCGACUCAGAGAGUAUUUCGGUACUUAUGGGGAGGUUGUGGAAGCAGUGAUAAUGAAGGAUCGCACCACCUGUCGAGCCCGUGGAUUUGGUUUUGUUGUUUUUUCGGACCCAGCUGUGGCAGACUUAGUCAUAAAAGAGAAGCACAAUAUAGAUGGAAGGAUGGUGGAGGCAAAGAAGGCUGUUCCCAGGGAUGAUCAGAAUAUACUGAGUAGAAACAGUGGCAGCGUCCAUGGUUCUCCCGGUCCAGGUCGCACAAGAAAGAUAUUUGUUGGAGGUUUAGCAUCUACGGUGACAGAGAGCGAUUUCAAGAAGUACUUUGAUCAGUUUGGGACUAUAACGGAUGUUGUAGUAAUGUAUGAUCACAACACUCAAAGGCCAAGAGGCUUUGGAUUUAUCACUUAUGAUUCUGAGGAGGCUGUUGACAAGGUUUUGUUUAAGAAUUUCCAUGAAUUGAAUGGUAAAAUGGUUGAAGUGAAGCGAGCAGUACCUAAGGAGUUAUCGCCAGGACCGAAUCGCAGCCCACUUCCUGGAUUCAACUAUGGUUUGAGUAGGGUCAAUAACUUCUUAAAUGGAUUCACUCAGGGAUAUACUCCAAGUGCUGUUGGAGGCUAUGGACUUCAGGUGGACGGUAGAUUCAGUCCAGUUGCGAGUGCUCGAACUGGAUUUGCUCCAUUUGGAUCUGGUUAUGGAAUGAGCAUGAAUUUUGAACCUAAUUUGGGUGCUGGAUUUGGGAGGAGUGCAAAUUUCAAUAGUAAUCUUAGCUAUGGUCGGGGUUUAAAUCCUCCUUACAUUGGCAGCUCCAAUAGGCUUGGAAGCCCUAUGGGGUAUGACAGUGGUAAUGGAGGAAGCAAUUCUUUUUUCAGCUCCGCUACACGGAAUUUGUGGGGGAAUGGUGGCCUUAGUUAUGGAACUGGUUCUGCAAAUUCCAGUGCAUACGUUGGAUCCGGGAGUGGAAGCGUUGGAGGAAACGCCUUUGGCAAUGCUGGUGUCAACUGGGGUACUUCAGCGGUUUCUGCGCAAGGCGGUGGUAACAAUGUGCUACAGAAUAGUGGCAACCUUGGUUAUGGAGGUGGUGACAACACUUAUAAUUUGGGGACUGGUGGGUAUGGAAGAAGCAGUGGUUCUGCUAUUGCCCCAACAUCUUCAUACACUGCUUCAAAUGGCGCCGUUGAUGGUGCUUUUGCUGAUUUUUACAAUAAUAAUAAUUCGGUUUAUGGGGACGCCACAUGGCGUUCUUCAAAUUCCGAGCGAGAUGGAUCUGGUCCCUUCAGUUAUGGACUUGGUGGUUCGGCUACAGAUGUUUCAGGAAAAAGUUCUCCGGGUUAUGUUGGUGGUUAUACUAUUAAUAAGAGGCAGCCAAAUAGGGGAAUUGCUACAUAGGAAGAUCGUUAUGAUGACACGAACUUGUAGGCGAGGAUAAUCCGGUGAAGCAGCUGAAUUGUGAAUUUUGUGCACUGCUACUGUUGUUACUGUAUUUCGGUUUAAGACAUAAGAUGUUUGGUUUAUCUAGAGCUAACUUGGAGUUCCUGUUUUGAGGAUUCAGUCAUAUAU